CAGGCGGAUAUCACGUGUCACAGCCUAUUCUUAUCAAACGUAGGACGCGGCCGCUAGCAGCCAAAAAUGUGGUUACCAUUUGGCGGGGUCGUCACCAACGGCCAAAAGUUAACAUAGAGAGUCUGCAUUUGAGAAAAGACACGCAAACAAAGCAGAACACACGAGCAAACUUAUAAAUAACGCCCUACUGGCUACAUAUAACACAGACAGGGUCUGAAACCUUACAUCAAAAUGGCCGCUCAGGCAGAAGACGCCAUGGCGAAGCUCGCGUUGAGCGAGAACCAGGGUGAAGCUGCCGCCGCAGCAGCACCCCCCGCCGCAAAACCCGAAGCAGAAGACUCGGACGACGAAGACGACGCCCCCCCGGCCGACGGAUCCGCCCCCACCGCCGCCGCAAAGAAGAAGCGCAAGCGCAAGCCCAAGAAGAAGACCAAGACACCCACUACCCAGACCUCCCCCCCCAGCGUCCCCCUAUCCACCUUAUUCCCCUCCGGCGACUACCCCAUCGGCGAAGAGAGCCCGUAUCGCGACGACAACAGCUUCCGCACCACGAGCGAGGAGAAGAGACACUUGGAUCGCCUGGAUAUGACAUACCUCAACGACUUUCGCCGGGGUGCAGAGGUGCAUAGACAGGUGCGGCAGUGGGCGCAGGGAUGGAUUAAGCCGGGGAUGGGACUUACUGAGAUCGCGGAGGGGAUAGAGGGGAGCGUGAGAGCGCUUACUGGGCAUCAGGGGUUGGAGGAUGGGGAUAAUAUCGCGGGAGGCGUGGCGUUCCCGACGGGGUUGAAUAUCAAUCAUAUCGCUGCGCAUUAUAGUCCUAAUGCGGGGAACAAGACGGUGGUGAAGCAGGAGGACGUCAUGUGUGUUGAUUUCGGCGUGCACAUCAACGGUCGUAUCGUCGAUUCCGCGUUCACGAUGAGCUGGGACCCCGUCUAUGAUCCGCUCCUCGAGGCGGUUAAAGCUGCGACGAACACGGGGGUUGCGGCGGCAGGGAUUGAUGUGAGGAUGUGUGAUAUUGGAGAGCAGAUCCAGGAGGUGAUGGAGAGUUAUGAGGUGACGAUUGGGAAGGAGACGCAUCCGGUGAAGUGUAUUCGCAAUCUGAAUGGGCAUAAUAUCGGGCAAUGGAAGAUUCAUGGGGGGAAGAGCGUGCCGAUUGUCAAGAAUAAUGAUACGACGAAGAUGGAGGAGGGGGAGGUGUUUGCGAUUGAGACGUUUGGGAGUACGGGGGUGGGGUAUGUGAGGGAUGAUCUCGAGUGUUCACACUACGCCAAAGCCGCCGACGCCCCCCACGUCGACCUACGCCUCACAUCCGCCAAGAACCUCCUAAAAGUAAUCAACAAAUCCUUCGGCACCCUCCCCUUCUGCCGCCGCUACCUCGACCGCCUGGGGCAGGACAAGUACCUCCUCGGGCUGAACAACCUCGUCUCCCAGGGCAUCGUGGAGGCGUACCCGCCGCUGGUGGAUAAGAAGGGCUCGUAUACCGCGCAGUUUGAGCAUACGUUCUUACUGAGGCCGAAUUGUAAGGAGGUGCUGAGUCGGGGGGAUGAUUAUUAGAUGUGUGUUUUGGGGGGUUGUUUGCGGAGAGGGUGGUCCCCGAGGGGAGGGGAUGGGGAUAGAUGAUGAUGAUGAUGGAUAUAGGCUUGCAUAGGGUAUGGGAAAAGUUAUGAAUCAAAAACGACGAACUGAUUUCGCGGGUUUUACCUUGGCGAUUUAAGCGACAGCUACUGGUCUUAUCGUGUCGAUACUUCCUUUGGGGGGGUUCUUGGAGCUUAGUAGGGCUUUGAGGGAGCUUCUAACAGAGGCGUGGGCUUGAUAAGACUAGUAGCGGUCGCUUCAAUCGUCGAGGGGAUCUGUGGGCUGGCUUGCGUAAUCUCACCUCUAUUACGGUGUCUUACGUGCAUACAUGUGUGUGAAUGGAGGUGGUGUUUUGAGCAGGAUCCUUGGUGACUGAGUCGAAGAGUUUCACGGUGCUCAUGCAGGUAGGUCUCGCUAUUACAGUAUCUAAGUCUAGGAUGCAAUUAGUACUCAUGAUAAAGUAUAUCCUUAUGACAUUAUAACCCC